UCAUCAGUUAAGGCUAUUUUCACUUCUUUUGUGGAUCUUCAGUUGCUUCAGGCCAUCUGGAUGUAUACAUGCAGGUCACAAGGAAUAUGAUGGCUUAGCUUGGGCUCAGAGGCCUGACACCUCAGGCUGCCAAAUGUGAAAGGUUUAAAUACUUGAACCAAUUCCCUCCUCCCAAAAACUGAAAUUGGCUUCUGUUUCUGAGUUGGUCCAGGUGCAAUGUUCAGCGUAUUUGAGGAAAUCACAAGAAUUGUAGUUAAGGAGAUGGAUGCUGGAGGGGAUAUGAUUGCCGUUAGAAGCCUCGUUGAUGCUGAUAGAUUCCGCUGCUUCCAUCUGGUGGGGGAGAAGAGAACUUUCUUUGGAUGCCGGCACUACACGACAGGCCUCACCCUGAUGGACAUUCUGGACACAGAUGGGGACAAGAGGUUAGAUGAACUGGAUUCUGGGCUCCAAGGUCAAAAGGCUGAGUUUCAAAUUCUGGAUAAUGUAGACUCAAAGGGAGAGUUGAUAGUGAGAUUACCCAAAGAAAUAACAAUUUCAGGCAGCUUCCAGGGCUUCCACCGUCAGAAAAUCAAGAUAUCUGAGAACCGGAUAUCCCAGCAGUAUCUGGCUACCCUUGAGAACAGGAAGCUGAAGAGGGAACUACCCUUUUCAUUCCGAUCAAUUAAUAUGAGAGAAAACCUGUAUCUGGUGACAGAAACUCUGGAGACAGUAAAGGAGGAAACCCUGAAAAGCGACCGGCAAUAUAAAUUUUGGAGCCAGAUCUCUCAGGGCCAUCUCAGCUAUAAACACAAGGGCCAAAGGGAAGUGACCAUCCCCCCAAAUCGGGUCCUGAGCUAUCGAGUAAAGCAGCUUGUCUUCCCCAACAAGGAGAUGAUGAGAAAGUCUUUGAGUUCGGAGGAUUCCAGAAACACGAAGGAGAAGUUGGAGGACAUGGAGAGCGUCCUCCAGGAUCUGACGGAGGAGAAGAGAAAAGAUGUGCUAAACUCCCUCACUAAGUGCCUCGGCAAGGAGGAGAUUCGGCAGGAUCUAGAGCAAAGAGUAUCUGAGGUCCUGAUUUCCGGGGAGCUGCACAUGGAGGACCCAGACAAGCCUCUCCUAAGCAGCCUUUUUAAUGCUGCUGGGGUCUUGGUAGAAGCACGUGCAAAAGCCAUUCUGGACUUCCUGGAUGCCCUGCUAGAGCUGUCUGAAGAGCAGCAGCUUGUGGCUGAGGCCCUGGAGAAGGGGACCCUUCCUCUGUUGAAGGACCAGGUGAAACCUAUCGUGGAGCAGAACUGGGAUGAGCUGGCCAGCAGUCCUCAUGACAUGGACUAUGACCCUGAGGCACGAAUUCUCUGUGCGCUGUAUGUUGUUGUCUCUAUCCUGCUGGAGCUGGCUGAGGGGCCGACCUCUGUCUCUUCCUAACUACAAAAGCCCUUUCUCCCCACAAGCCUCUGGGUUCUGCCUUCACCAGUCUGUCCUCACUGCCAUCGCCACUACCAUCCUGUCACCAGUGGGACCUCUUUAAAACGAGCAGCCAACCAUUCUUUGAUGUAUCCAGUUCGCUCCAUGUUAACAUCCAAAACCAGCCUGGAUUUCAUGCAUGGACUUCUGAUUAAAAGUGGCAGGUUGUGCAUGUUAA